UACAUUUUGAUGAUUUUGAUUGUCAAAACAUAAAGGACAAUGGGAGGCAGGCAUGGAUUUUUAAUUUUAAUAUUAGGCCUCACAAUUUGCAUGUCAGGUAGAUAUGUGCAUACAUUUUUAUGUAACAUUUAAUUUUAAUAGAGUGUUUUUGAUUAAAUGAUAGAAAAAAAGAAUCAGUUAGGAAUUAGUCCUAAAUUUAUGCUGAAGCAAUAUAUGCUGUUCUAUGAGGAAUGUUUCCAAUUAAUGAAUUAAAUCCAAUACAUUUAUAUCUUUUUGAUGGGGCAACGAGUGAAAAAGGUCUGUAGUUUAACAGUCAAAAUAAAUGUCUCAUUAAAAUAAAUAGUGGCAAAUAAUACAUACUAAAAACACUUGGCAUGCUCGUUUUUGUUAUUUACUUAAAAGUAUUUGCAAGUGCUUUAUUACCUCAUUACAAAAACUACAUACAACUGUUUGUCACAUGUUUAAAAUGAUAAGCUUUAGCACAUGUCAGCAGUAAACAGAAUAGAAGAGUGAGACCACGGACAACAUUUAUCAUUCUGACUUUGACCCACAGCGACAGCAACGACCGUCCAACCUAGAUAUAAUUCAGAAGAAUCCCUUAUGUCGUGUUAUUUUUCAGUCAAGGGACAAGCCUGUCAAUCUGUUGUCGUUUUUAUACUCAGGCAUGAGUUCAACAGGUGCCGUGUCCACAUUUAGAAACACGCUGCUGCUGGGACUCGUGCUCUUUUCCGAUGGUCUGUGAAGAGAGUCGCGUGAGCGCAUGACAGGAUUCAGAAACGUAACAUAGUUGUUGGUGAUGACAGUUUGGAAAAUUAAAAACAAAUGAAGGGAGUGAAAUUACACAGUAUUUUUGGAGAUCUGCUAUUUAUCCGGUGUUGUAACGAUCACACCUACCUCCAGGAUGAACGAUAGUCGUGUUUGUCAGGUAAAAAGUGCUUAUUUUUCGAGAGAAGCAGCUAAUGCACAUUAGAAGUGUUACAACAUGGGAAGCAUAUCUUGUCAGUUAGAAAAUACCUGUCAAAAUAGACUUUUUCCAUUGUGCAUUUUGUGAGUUUUCCAUUUUUUUCUAUAUUCCAGACACCAGAUUUCCUUGGAUAAAUUUAGGCUAAAUAUAGAUCACAAUGGCUGUGUUCAAGCAGCAGCAGGUCGAGAAUUUCUAUGAGAUUGGAGAGGAACUUGGCAGUGGGCAGUUUGCAAUUGUUAAGCAGUGUCGUGAAAAGUGUUCAGGCCGGGAUUUUGCAGCCAAGUUCAUAAAGAAGCGUCAGAGUAUUGCUAGCCGGCGAGGUGUGCUCCGAGAAGAGAUUGAGCGAGAGGUCAACAUCCUACAGCAGAUACACCAUCCCAAUAUUGUCAUGUUACAUGACGUGUUUGAGAACAAGACAGACGUGGUGUUGAUUUUGGAGCUGGUGUCUGGAGGAGAGCUUUUCGACUUUUUGGCAGAGAAAGAGUCUCUAAGUGAGGAGGAAGCCACACAGUUUAUUAAACAGAUUCUAGAGGGCGUACACUAUUUGCACACAAGAAAUAUUGCUCAUUUUGACCUGAAGCCUGAAAACAUCAUGCUUCUGGAUAAGAAUGCUCCUCUGCCCCGAAUCAAACUCAUUGAUUUUGGCUUGGCCCACAAGAUUGCUGAAGGGGUUGAGUUUAAAAACAUCUUUGGAACACCAGAGUUUGUUGCUCCAGAGAUUGUGAAUUAUGAACCACUGGGACUGGAAGCAGAUAUGUGGAGUGUUGGUGUUAUAACAUAUAUUCUGUUGAGUGGGGCAUCUCCUUUCCUAGGAGAAACGAAGCAAGACACUCUGGGAAACAUCUCAGCCAUGAACUAUGAGUUUGAUGAUGAAUUCUUUGGCCACACCAGUGAGCUUGCCAAGAAUUUUAUACGACAACUGCUGGAAAAGGACACCAAAAAGAGACUCACAAUUCAAGAUGCCUUGAACCACCCCUGGAUUAAGUCUAACGAGCAUAAAGAGGAACGCAGCAAAGCACCAGAGAGGAAGAGAGAGCGUAGGCAGCUGAAGACGAAACGUCUCAAAGAGUACACCAUCAAGUCCCACUCCAGUAUGCCUCCUAACAACACCUACAUCAACUUUGAACGUUUCGCACAGGUGGAGGAGGACGUGUCGGCCAUGGAGGGCACUUUCUGCCAGCUGGCGUCGGCCCACGACUCCCUGCAGGAAGACGUGGAUGCACUAGUGUCCAUCUACAAUGAGAAGGAGUUGUGGUACAAAGAAGAAAGCGAAAGCAUCAGACAUGAGUUGUCCCAGCUUCGUUAUGAGUUUCGUAAAGUCGAGGCCCAGAGGAGGGGCGUUCACGAAGACAUGAGGAGUGUGGAUGUCAGCGUUAGCCGAGUUAGCGAGCGAUAUAAGGAGAGGCAGACUCGAUAUGAGGCCUUACAAAAGGAGCUGUGUGCUGAGCUACAGUGGGUACAGGAAGUGGUGGGUUCUUUCCAGGUCACCUUCCCAAACUGUAGCUUUAGCAGCGUGUUUAAUACAGAUGCCAAUGAUGCACUGAAAGAGUUGCUGAACAGAUCCUGUGGAGGAGACCUGCUGACAGGCAGCAAUCUGGACCAGCAGAGAUGACACAUUAAUAACCCCCCUCCCACUGAUGACACAUCGGCCAGAUAAAUGUGCGGAAGAGACUGUGCUGAGAAUAUAGACCUGAAUAAAAGCAGGUAUGGUCAGGCAGAGAGAACUAUAUACAUGAAAAAUAUGUAACAUAACUGUGUAUGAGUUUAUUAUUUAUGGUUAACAGGUUAAAUUAGUUAAUGUUUUUUUUAUAUAUAUUAAUUGGGUCAAUCCAUCUCAAGUGUAAAGUUGAUUGCUUGACCAAUUUAAUUUUCCUAUUUUUUUUAUUUGAGCGAUUACCUCUAUGUUUUGGUUUUGCAAAACCACCAGUUUUUUUAUUAUUAUUUUAAAGGGGUCAUCGGAUGCAAAAUUCACUUUACACGUUGUUUGAACAUAAAUGUGUGUUGGAAGUGUGUGCACACAUCCAUCCUAUAAUGAUAAAAAUCCACCCAGUGGUUUUUUUAAAAUCCCCUUUCUCAAAUCAGGCUGUUUUGAGAUUCCUGUCAGAACGACGUAGUUCUGCACAGACCGAUCCCACGAUAGUUGAUUGACAAGACCGUCUUACCUUAGACCCGCCCUGAGUGAGCUGAAAGCUGUCUGACUCCGGUGCAGGGGAAGACAAGGACGUCUCCGAUUAAGCGAUUGAGGUGCAACAUAGCAGUCGUCAUUUACUCCCGACAUCUGAGCCGCUGAAGACGCAAAGGAUUAACGUUACUUUCGUUUUGAAGUGAAUGCGCCGAUCCCCAAUCUGCCUAAAUGCAUCUAUGUUCGCGCGAAUCAUUCGUGAUCCAGCUUCACCUACAGAAGAAGUGAGUAUAAGGGUUUUUUAUAAAUCUUUGCAAAUCGCCUUUCCUAAUAACGUGCUAGUUAGCCAGUUUCGCGGCUAAAGUAAACAGUACUGCUCAUCACCCCAUGCAAGAGAGGGGCGGGGUCAGCAGAGCUCAUUAGCAUUUAAAUCAACAUGGACUAGAAUAACUUGAUAAAAACAGAGAUGAUUUUGACAGGGUAAAAAAGGUGUUUUUUACACUACCAUUGAGAAAUUUUAACCAAAAUAUGUUAUAGACUUUUCAUUAAGACCCUAAAGAAUCAUAUCAGCUUGUGGAAAAUGGGCAUCCGAUGACCCUUUUAAAAUGUGCACUGGAUGUUAUUUUUUUAUUUCAAGGAACUAUAGGACUAUCCUGAGCCAAGGUAAUGAAGUUUCGAGGUUUCCAUAAAUGUUUGUUUAAUUUAUUGUGACCCUUGACACAAAGGCCCGUCACUGUAGUUAAACCAAGUAUUGCAAUACUAAUACAUAGAGGUAAAAAAAAAUAAAAAAUAGGAAAAUUAAAAUUGGUCAAGCAACCUCCAUUGGACAGAUUGACCUAAUAUAUAUAUAUAUAUAU